GAUAUUCCUUGUUGCCUAAAAGUCCUUUCCAAUCUCUCCCUACGUUAUCAGAAGACCCUCUCUUCUUUCUUCAGCCUUUUUUUUUUUUCUCUCCUACCAUCCAGCUUCCAACCUCCGGUUGCAUGGAGACCAGAGCGCCGUUGAGACCAACAUAUCUCAACGUUUAUAGGUGGCCGGAAUCCGACGUCGAGUUCGUCAAGACGGUGGCGGAAAAGGGGACUGGUAGUAAUGGUAGUAUUUGCUCGUCUGGGAGGAGGAGGGAAUACCAGAGAGUUGUGGACAGCUAUUCCUGCAGGCAGAUGUACCUGAGGAGCUAUACUUUCUCCAGGAAGGAGACAGUCCCCGAGAAAACUAGAAAAUUUGUGGGGAAGUUGAAGAUGAAGGCGUUCCGAUCGAGGAGGAGCGGUGGGGGAUCAUCAGGGUCGCUGUCCUGCGACUCGCUCGUCUCUGUCUUCCUCAGAGUCCUGUCAUGCACCACCAAACUCGACGUGGUGGAUCCGUCCAAGUGAAUCGAUCCCAUUGUUAGUUCUUAGUUGGUCAGAACAUCUUGGUUGUCCUUGAACAUGGGCAUUGUGAUUAUUAGUUUCUAGUUAGACGUUUCUUUCUGCACUUUUGCUUCAGAUUGUUGCCUUUCCCCAGUGAAAUUGUUAGGAGACUUGAAAUUUUCUUCUGGCUUUUAUCACUGUGAGCUUGAAGCUUUUAGGCUAAAACCGGCCAA